AAACGCCUUUAAAGGUCUGGGUGUGCGUGAUGUUGUCCUCUCUCUUGUGGUCCAGUUCCUUCCUUUCACAUACACAAAACGAACCCUUCAACUUCACUGUCACAACAGGAUACUAUCUUGAUCAAAACCAUGUUUAGCACAGGUAUGAAAGCAAGAAACUUGACACUACGGUCAAGACCUUUCUGGGCUGCACGACUACUACAGCAAAACCGAGCACAGUCAACGCUCAGGGAUAGGAGCAGGGAACGCUAUUGGGAUCAUAUUGAACCAUGGAAGGAUGUUUCAUCCGAAGAAUUCAUCUCCUAUCGGUGGCAGCUUCGUAAUACGAUACCAGAAGGAAAGAAGCUGCAACGAUUCCUGCACGAGGCACUCCCUGAUAAUCUAGGCCCGUCAACAAAUCCCUUGCUCCAAAAUCUCAAGACUAGAGACGACUUCAUUGCAGAUGCAGUGGCUGCCCUCAAACUAGCGCCUAUGGCUAUACGGCUUACCCCGCAGGUUCUGUCUCGUAUUGACUGGGAGAACCCUCUGGAUGACCCCAUUCGUAAACAGUUUCUCCCACUAGCAAGUGGUAUCAUUGGAGACCACAAGAAGUUGACGUUGGAUUCACUGCACGAAGAGGCUGAUAGUCCUGUUCCUGGCUUGGUCCAUCGGUAUCCAGGGAGGGCUUUGUUUCUGGCUACCUCGAUUUGCCCGGUUUACUGUCGAUUUUGCACGCGAUCAUAUGCGGUUGGUGCAAACACUGAUACCGUAUCCAAGUCACCACAGAAGCCUAGCCGCAAGCGAUGGGAGCUCAUCUUUCAACACAUCGAGACGCAUAGCGACCUUCAAGAUAUCGUAGUUUCUGGUGGUGAUGCUUACUAUCUUCAGCCCGAGGAUCUUAAGCUGAUUGGCGAGCGGUUGCUCAGCAUUCCGCACAUUCGACGUGUGCGAUUUGCGUCAAAAGGACUCGCUGUAGCCCCGGGACGUAUUCUUGACAGGUCAGAUCCUUGGGCAGAUACUCUAAUUGAUCUCUCGAAUCAAGGUCGAAAGAUGGCGAAGCAAGUUUGCCUUCACACUCACUUCAACCAUGCCAACGAGAUUACGUGGAUUACGAGAAAAGCCGCACACCGUCUCUAUGAGCAUGGUGUGAUUGUACGCAAUCAGUCCGUGCUUUUGAAUGGAGUCAACAACAAUUUCGAUGCGCUUAGUGAGCUCAUUACACAACUUGCAGAUAUGAACAUCCAACCUUAUUACGUCUACCAAUGCGACAUGGUUCGCGGAAUCGAGGAUCUUCGUACACCCCUAAGCGAAAUUAUCAAGCUCGACAAGCAAUGCCGUGGCACUUUGUCCGGUUUCAUGAUGCCAUCCUUCGUCGUAGAUCUGCCUGGCGGUGGAGGUAAGCGCUUAGUAUCCACAUACGAAACAUAUGAUGAGAAGACCGGCGAAGCAACGUACACCGCUCCUGGGUUGCCUGGCCUGAAAGGAGAGAUGACUUACACGUAUUGGGAUCCUGUGCCUGUGACCGAGUCGGCGAUGAUGGAGCAUCGACUACAACAGGAGCAAGCACUUUUGGAUGGUAAGACUUUGGAACAACAGAGCAGCUCGACUAUACCACUCCCUCAAGAGCAGAUCCGAGAGAAAGUCAAUCAAGAGCCUGAGCCUGCAGGUCGUCUGCCCGUUCAGGAGCUGUUGUUGGCCCCUAAAGGACCCCAUCUGCAGCAAGAUCACAGGCUCCACAACCUCACGAACAGUCUCAACAACCGAAACGCCAUGGACGUAUACCAGCAUACUUCCGCACACAUCCAUCCUGGUUCUGUGUCUCGAAUCCGCAACACACAACCUUCUGCUCAUGCAGUCGCAAGUGAGGUUCUCCACAUCAGCGAUGCACAACACGUUGCAUCUGCGAGAUCUUCGAGUCUGUAAAGUCAAUUCACUACAAACGCCCACGAACACACGUUUCUCUCUUUCCCUUGGAGGUUUUUGUAAACACAUUUCCAGCUCCAUCUCGUUUCAAACGGUUCCCCAUGAACCCCCAAAAGUUUCUCAGUUUUUUUAUUGCACAAAUUGGUAACACGGGUUUUUAUGUCGAGUAGGGGGGGAAGUAUAAUCGCUACCAUUUUGCUUCUCAAGACCCUUUUUGCGUUGUUUGGUACCUGAGUUCAAUGCACCAACUUAUAAAACUUUGGGCCUUUCUUUUUGCUUUUGUUGGUUGCGAGCUCGAAUUGUACACUACUUCCCUCAAACUGGUUCACAUUAGAGGCACUGGGUUCUGCUUGAUUCGUCUUGCAGCUGCUGUUUGCUGGCGUUGUUAUAAACCUGCUUUCUGGGGUUCAAAAGAUGUACUACUGAACGUCAUACGCAAUGAAUUGUUAUUACCC